AUGGAGGUGUCAAAUCAAACCUUGACCUCAGCUGUGCUGCUGCCAUCUGCUCCUUUUGGGGAGAGGAGGUUGAGUAAAAGAGAGAAGAACAGGAUUAGGUGUCUGAGGAGGAGGCAGAGGAGAAAGGAGAGAUGGAGACAAAGUCAACUGCAGGAGAGCAGACAGAUUCUGACUCUCGACAGCCCUAUCAGCACCCAGCUCAUCUCAAUAGCCAUUAGUUCAACAGGCAAUCCAUCAAGCAGCAGCAGCGAGGAUGACGACGAUGUGAGUGCCAGGGACAGAGAAGGUUACAUCUGCGCUGUGUGUUUGGAUGUGUACUUCAGCCCUUACAUGUGUCACCCCUGCAAUCACAUCUUCUGUGAACCCUGUCUGAGGACACUGGCUAAGAACAGCCCCACCAACACUCCCUGCCCCCUCUGCAGAACAGUCAUCACACAUGUCUUUUUCCAGAAGGAGCUAAACCAAACAGCAAGGACAUUCUUUCCAAAGGAAUACUUGUCCCGGAAACAGAACUUCCAGAAAGCAAGUUGUGCAAAGUGGCCUCUUCCAAGCUGCAGAAAACUUUUCCGUAUCUUUGGAGGCUUCCAGAGGCAGUCAAGUCCCAUUGCCAGACGCCAAUUCCCCCAUGGCGGAGGCUACCGUUUGGAUGCUAUGGACUUUGAGGAUGAUUCCAGAGGCUGGCGCUUUGACAUGGACAUGGUCAUCAUCUACAUCUACUCAGUCAACUGGGUCAUUGGUUUCUUUAUAUUCUGCUUCCUCUGUUACCUCUUUUUCCCUUCCUUUUAA